ACCCAGAAGUGUAAUUAUCCAUUUCACGACCUUGUUUUCUCCCGCUUUCCUGAACUUCAGUUGCUGAGAUUGUCUCAGCGAUGCUAUGGUUGAUCUGCAGGUCGAGCCCCAAUGGAAGCCCUAUUAGCACGGCCUCGUUUUCCGCACAUUCUGAGCCGUCCAUGGCUGAAAUCGUCGACUCUCCGAGCAUUCUCUUCUUUAUCAACUCCUCCUAAUUACUCCAACCAGUCGCGCGGCGGACUACCUCGCUUCUUCUCCGAAGCCCUCCCUCUCUCCAAGCAGGGUGGUGUUGUUCGCGUACAAGGUGAUGAGUUUUGGCAUAUGACUAAAGUUCUCAGGUUGGACACAAAAGACAGGGUAGAGCUUUUCAAUGGGAAAGGAGGUCUAAUUGAAGGAUGCAUUCAGAGAAUUGACCGGACAGGGCUGGAUUUUGUGGCACUCGAAGAUCCAAAAAUGGUUCUGCCUCAGACCACACAGUGGCAUGUCUUUGCAGCUUUUGGAACUUUAAAGGGUGGUCGAGCUGACUGGCUUGUUGAAAAAUGCACGGAACUAGGUGCUAGUAGUGUAACACCUCUUCUAACAGAACGUUCUCCUUCAAUAUCAGAAAAUCGCGUUGACCGAUUGCAACGCGUCAUUCUAGCUGCAGCUAAGCAAUGUCAGCGGCUGCAUGAAAUGACAUUGAAACCCCCAACGACAGUUGAUGGCCUUCUAUCUACUGUUGCCCAGCCAAAGCUAUCUUUUGUGGCUGUGGCAGAGGCUACUCCCGUUUUUAGGGCACUGAGUUCCUUCACAAAAGAGGCGAGUGGGUCAAUAAUAGUCGGACCGGAAGGCGACUUCACCAAGAAAGAGUUGGAUUUAAUCAUAGAAGCAGGUGCCUGUUCAGUGGGUCUGGGGCUGCAUCGCCUACGAGUUGAAACUGCGACAAUAGCACUUUUGGCGACCUUAAUGUUGUGGUCCGACUCUUAAUAACCAGUGACUUCUUAAUUGUACCCAGAACCGGAGGGCUUUUGUUAAGAACUCCCACGUUUAAAACGCCAAGCAACGGUAGCAGGCCUGAGAAGAGAAGAGAGAACGGGGUGAGGGAGAUACAGAUCCAUAGAUGAUACAACUAGUAUAGUUGCUCCGCAUCGCGUUCCUUGUUUUUAG